AUGGCUUUUUUAAAAAUGUUAGUGAAACACUUACUUAUUUUAUCACUUUUAUGGAUAAAUAUAUCAUUUGGUCAUACAACACAACGUCCAAAUCGUGAUGGUAAUGAUGAUGAUGAUUCUAAUCCAUUUAUUGAUAUGGCAUCAGCAUUUAUAACAGAUGCAUUAAGUCAACAAAAUGGAAAUUCUGGUAGUAAUGGUUUAAAUAUGAAUGGUGGUGGUGCUGGACUUGCUGCCUCUUUAAUUGGAGCAUUUAUGCAAGCAAAUGGUAGUGGAGCAAAAUCUUCUAGUGGUGGCGGACAAGAUUCUAGUGCUGCAAUUUUAUCAGGCAUUGGUAGUAUUAUUGCUGGAUUAAAUGCAGCAAAUAAUAAUAAUAAUAAAAAUGGUAGAAGUUCUACUAAUUCAGUUGGAUUUGAUCCUUCAUUAAUUGGAAAUAUUAUUGAAAUGUUUACAACUUCAUCCGAUAAUAAUAACAAUAAUAAUAAUAAUAAUAAUAGAAAUAAUAAUGUAAGAGAAAAACGUAAUAUUAAUAAUAAAAGUCAACAAGAACAAGAAGAUUCUGGUAUUGGAUUAGAAUCAAUUAUUCAAAUAGCAUCUGCAUUUAUGAAUAAUCAACCAAAUUCAAAUCAAGGUCCAACAAAAUCUCAAAAGAAUAAUCAAAAUUCUAAUAAUGAUAAUAAUUUUAUGACAUUAUUACCAAUGAUAUUUCAAGCAAUUAAUUCAUUUAAUGGACCAGAAGGACAACAAACUCAAGAGAAACAUAAAGAUCAUGCAUGGGUUUUACCACCAUUUUUAGAACAAAUUCAUGUUUUAUGGGAUCAUUUUAGUAAUUCAGAGUUAGCUAAUGCAUUAUGGCAAAAAUCUGGAAUUCAUACAAUAUUUAAGGGUUUUACUGGACGUGACGGUAGAUUAGAUUAUAAUAAAUUAUUUGAAUCCUUAAAUAAUCAAUCAUUUAGAAGAAGAUGGAUUAAAGCUGCUACCUUAUAUUUAGCUGAUUGGGCAAAUUAUAUUGCAGAGCCAGAAGUUUAUCAAAGGUAUUUCCAAACAGCUCAAAUAAUGCUAAAUGGUUUUCUUAAAUCACAAGGUUAUCCAAAAACAACAUAUUUUGAUCCAAAUCGUCCAAGUGAAACUAUUACAUCGCUAUUAAAUCAUAUAGCAAAAACUCAUCUUAGUAUUAAAGUUGAUACAAGAGAUUAUGUUAAACCAGCCGUUUCAUAUACAAAAGAACUUUUAAAAUUAGGUCAAUCUAGAGGUCUUUUACAGAAAUUCAAUUCAACAGAAUUAAGUGAUAAAUUAACUGAUACGUUAAAUUUAGAGGUUAUUGAACCUGUAUUAAAAGUACAUCGAGCUUAUCGUUUCGCUACAGAAAAUCCACAAUGUGACAAAUAUGUUUUAUGUGAAUUAAAUUCACAUGAUCCAAAUGAAAAAUUAGGUUUACCUGGUAUUAAAUCUGGUAUAACAAAAGUUGGUAGUAUGACUGCAGCAUGGUUUGUAAGUACAGAAACAGGAACACCGUUUUGGAAUCUAUUUGGUGUUAUUAAUGAACCUUAUAAUUGUCAGGCGAAAUAUCCGUAUGAUUGUACAGGAUUUCAUGAAGGAGAAGCUAAAGUAACAACAGAAUAUAUUCACAAUGAACUUUAAAAUAUAAAUUAAUG